AAAAAGCAAACCAAUUCGAAGUAAAGAUUUUAAUUAUCACAGUCUCGUCUCGUCGCUCUCUAUCUCUCUGUUUCAGCACCAGUUGUCUUCUUCCUCCCUAUCAAAGACCCAAAAUCAAACAUCAUUCAAUGUUGAAUAUUUGUAUAAAAUUCAAGCCAUGAGAGGCUUCUUCUUCAUCUUCUUAACAUGUCUAGCUUUCUUCUCUAAUCCUCUACACGGCGGUGUACCGUACAAUGGAAGCAUCACUCCAGGGUUUAAAGGAUCUCAGAUGAAUUACAUCAACAACGACGGUAUCUUCCUCGAAUCCAUCAACAAAGAAUUCGGUUUCGGUUUCGUAACCACACCAGCUUCCGUUACUCUGUUCACACUCAGCAUCAUCCACAAAAGCAGCUCGAAACUGAUCUGGUCAGCGAACAGAGCUUCCCCUGUUUCCAAUUCCGACAAUCUUCAUUUCCAAGACAACGGGAAUGUGGUUCUACGUAGAGAAGAAGGAGGAGGAGGAGAGGUUUGGAGAUUGGAUAAUUCAGGCAAAAACGCUUCAAGAAUCGAGCUACGUGACUCAGGGAACCUAGUUGUCGUCUCCGGUGACGGAGCUUCGAUAUGGGAGAGUUUUGAUCAUCCAACAGACACUCUUAUUACCAAUCAAGUCUUUAAAGAAGGCAUGAAGCUCACUAGCAAUGUUUCUUUAAGCAACAUGACUUAUGUUCUUGAGAUUAAGUCAGGAGAUAUGGUUUUGUCUGUCAACAGCUUGACACCUCAAGUGUAUUGGUCCAUGAGAAGUGAUAGCGGGAGGAUCCCUGAAAAAGACGGUGUAGUGACAUCAUCGUCUCUACUUGGGAACUCGUGGAGGUUCUUUGAUGAGAAAAAAACUUUGUUAUGGCAGUUUUUGAUGUCAAACAAUGGAGGUGAUAACGCUACUAUGAUCGCUGUUUUGGGAAACAACGGUGUGAUCUCUUUUACAAGUCUUGAGAGUGGUGUCUCUGCGGCUGAUUCUUCCAUUAAAAUACCAAACGAUCAGUGUGCGACGCCUGAGCCUUGUGGCCCUUACUACGUCUGCUCUGGUAGUAAAGUGUGUAGAUGUGUGUCCGGGUUGCCACGUAGGUCUGACUGCAAAACCGGUAUCACUUCUCCUUGUAAGAACAAUGAAACGUUGUCUGUGAAACUUGUAAAUGCUGGAGACAAGGUUGACUAUUUCGCUCUAGGGUUUGCUUCUCCCUUCUCCAAGGAGACCAAUCUUGAUAGAUGUAAAGAGUUCUGUAAUAGCAACUGCUCGUGCCUCGGUCUUUUCUUUCAGAACAGUUCUGGUAACUGCUUCUUGUUUGAUUGGAUUGGGAGCUUUAAAGCCUCUACAAACAGAGACUCUGGUUUUGUCUCUUAUAUCAAGGAGGCUACUAAUGGUGAGAGAGGUGGAGAUAAGGGAGAUGAUGAUGGGAAAGGUUUUCCAUAUAUAGUGAUUAUUGUCUUGGGGACGGUUUUGAUCAUUGGUGUGUUGAUCUUUGUGGCGUUUAGGAUUCUUAGGAGAAAGAAAACGGUUUUGGAUGAUGAUCAAAAUCAAGAACAGAGUUCAGAUGAGGAUAACUUCUUGGAUAAUCUAUCUGGGAUGCCUAUUAGGUUUACUUAUAAAGAUCUUCAGUCAGCGACGAAUAACUUCUCUGUCAAGUUAGGUCAAGGAGGGUUUGGAUCAGUCUAUGAAGGGUCUUUACCUGAUGGUUCACGUUUAGCAGUUAAGAAGCUUGAAGGAAUAGGUCAAGGAAAGAAAGAGUUCAGAGCCGAGGUUAGUAUCAUCGGAAGCAUUCAUCAUCUCCAUUUGGUACGGCUCAGGGGUUUCUGCGCAGAAGGAGCUCAUAGGCUUCUUGCUUAUGAGUUUUUGGCUAAAGGUUCGUUAGAGAGAUGGAUAUUCAAGAGAAGAGAUGGAGAUAUCCUGUUGGAUUGGGACACAAGGUUCAACAUUGCGGUCGGAACAGCUAAAGGUUUAGCUUAUCUACAUGAAGAUUGCGACGCAAGGAUCAUCCAUUGUGAUAUUAAACCUGAGAACAUCCUUUUAGAUGAUAACUUCAGCGCCAAGGUAUCUGAUUUUGGACUAGCUAAGCUUAUGACACGUGAACAGAGCCAUGUCUUCACAACUAUGCGUGGGACAAGAGGGUAUUUGGCUCCUGAAUGGAUCACAAACUACGCGAUUUCGGAGAAGAGUGAUGUUUACAGCUAUGGGAUGGUGUUGCUGGAGCUGAUAGGAGGAAGAAAGAACUAUGAUCCAUCAGAGUCAUCAGAGAAGUGUCAUUUUCCUUCUUAUGCUUUUAAGAUGAUGGAAGAAGGGAAGCUUUUGGAGAUUGUUGAUGGGAAGAUGAAGAACGUUGAUGUUGAUGAUGAGAGAGUUCAAAGGGCGAUGAAGACUGCGCUUUGGUGUAUACAAGAAGAUAUGCAUUUGAGACCGUCGAUGAGUAAAGUUGUUCAGAUGCUUGAAGGUGUUUUUCCGGUGGUUCAGCCACCGUCUUCUUCCACUUUGGGCUCGAGGCUUUACUCUAGUUUCUUUAAGUCUAUCAGUGAGGAAGGUGGUGGUACGUCAUCUGGACCGUCGGAUUGUAACAGUGAGAAUUAUAUCUCCGCCGUGAGACUCUCCGGUCCGAGAUAAUAGCACUCUUGUUUUUAGCCUAUUUUAGUAUGUUAAAUAGGUUUUAGGCUCAUUAUAUUUUGUUGUAUAUAUAUUGUGUUGUGUUUAAAAUUAAAAGAGUUGUGGUCUCUAGUUAUCUAUUGUUCCGAGUUUUAUCAUAUGCCAUGUUCCAUGUUCCGAAAGCUUAUGUCUAUAUGUUUGUUACCUCUUAAAAUUUUGAGAGACCAACAUCAAUGUUUCACUGGGUUGUGCCCAUGACCAACAUCUG